AUGGGCCCUCUUUCUGGAGGCACACAAAGGACCUGGCUCUACCUUUUUGCAGUGGUAAGUCGCAUUGGCCACGCACACCAGGUUCUCAUUGGGCCAGCCAUCCAGGUCUGUGUCCUCCCCGCAGAUGAUGCCAUUGCCAGCGUAGCCAGGCUUGCACUCGCAGCGGAACAUGGGGUCGCUAUAGUGGCCCAGGUAGUUGCACUUGGCGUUCUUGUUGCAGUCGUGGGUCCCAUCCGUGCAGGGGUUACGGGGCUUGCACACCUGAGGGCUUUGGUCUCCCGCGCUUCGCCUUCACAGGGUUUCCCGUUCAUCUGGGGGCUGGGAGAGUUGCAGAGCCGGAUCCUUGUGAUCACACCAUCACCACAUGUCACAGAACAAGAUGACCACGGGGACCAGUGGCUCCAGCCACCAUCCUGUUUAACUAAACUUGUAGAACAGGAGGUCCACUCAGACCAUGGAGACCAGCCAUCGUCCGCAGAGUCGCUGGCUGCAGGGGAAACAGAGGUUCAUCAGGAAAUCCUGACAGGAAAGAGGCACACCCAUGAAGAAUUCAGCAAAAUGGAGAACCAUGUCGUAUACUGGAGGAUUUAUACAUCUUCUGUAACCAGAAGCACUCCAAGAACAACACUUUCAUUCAUGGACUUAACAACUACAUUAGAUCAUACCAGCCUGUCACUUCAAAGUCACCAGUGUCAAGGAACAUUUCAAAUGGGCUUAAAGCAUUGUUUUGGAAGUGUGAAUAAUGAAGCCAAGGACAUUAGCAACAUCAUGAAAGCAGACUUGAUUGUCCACCUGGCGAGUCCCCAAAGAGCUAACAAAAGGCACUGGACCUUGAAUAUGACAAGACCACAGAGAAUGUGCACUUGGCUCUGGGGAUUGUAGCUGUCCAUCAGCAUCCACACUGGAUGAAACUGCUGAAGGAAGGGGCUCCGAAAACACCCACGUUCCUCAGCCUCUACGGCCUUAACUCCAUGUGCCAGCAGGUCAGGCUAACGCGCUGUGGUGCUAAAGGCAUCAGGCAGACAUAUCUACUGGCCCAUUAAGAUUCUGUACCUAAACACUACCCACCCCGCCCACCCUGCCCCAGUGAUGGCCCUGCCUUUCCUGCCAGGCCUGCUCUCCUCCCCAAGAAAGGGAAAAUGGUUAGCAACUUUCAGAAACUAAAACAAACACAAAAGUUUGCCAACAUUAAACUCUGCUUCACAGCUAAAUGGACCAUAAACUUUCAGCACCUUGAACAAAACUUCAAUUCAAUCCCUUCUACAGGUGCUGUGGGCACAAAGACUGCACAGUGUAUUUUUGCCCUGGGAAAGAGUCUCAAAUUAUUAUUUUUGUAAAAAAAAAAAAAAAAGAAAAAAAAAAAAAAAAAGAAAAGAAAAAGUUGCCUGGAAAAAAGUUUCAUUUUGUGCUUAGAAAAACAAGCCAAGAGGCAACGCACACCCCCUUUCUUCUCUCCAUUCUUACUUCCCUGCACUCCCACGAGAAGAUUCCAGCCCACCUUGAAACCCAGCAUGGAUACUAGAGAAUACAUCUUUUUCUCCAGUUUUCAAAUAAGCCUCCAGGAGGAGGCACACGCAGACCUUUCCUGCUAGCCUGUAAUUCACCACCUUCUAAAAGGACCAGGUCAUGAUACAAAUGAAAGCAAUGAAAAGCACAGGCCUGCAUGCCCAAGGUCUGAGUCUUGCUCCCUGUCAUCUUCAGUGUGACCUUAGCGUGUCACUUGACCUCUCAGGUCUCACAUUUAGCAUCCAGACAACUCAGGAUUUAAGUUCUCUUACAGCUCUAAAAUUCUGUAUGGGAAUGACAUCAAUAAAGUAAGAUAAUUUUUUGUUCAAACCAGCAAAGAUGUGCAAAUACAAGGGGUAGUGAAUAGCAAUUAUGCCUGGCAUCCAGCAGAACUGUGCUGGGAACCAAGACCUGUGGUUCUGAGGGCUGUCCAGAGAGCGCCACGGCCAUUCGCGUGCUAAAUCUUUGCAACCUGAGCCCAGUAACAGGAACACAGAACAUUCUCCAGGAGUCUGGGGCCUUGCCUCCAUUCUCCAGCUGCUCCUCUCCCAUUGUUUUCCCUCUCUACACGACUGCCCUUUCUUGGGCUCCCCAUGCUCUAAGUUAAGUUGGCAGCAUGGCAAAGAGAUUGAGAGCACAGAUUCUGGUCUCAGACUGCAUGGGCUCAAAUUACAGCUUCAUAAUUUACCACAUGAUCUUGGGCAAGUUACUUAAACUCUCUCAAAGAUAGACUUUUCAAACAUUUUUUCACUGCAAUCCACAGUAAGAAAUGUAUUUAACAUAAUACUCUACGUGCGUGCACACACACACACAUACUCACAUAAAUUAAAAGAUUAAUAAAAAAUAGCUAUUUUUGAUAUUU